GACUGUUUCCACUUCCCUCAUAAUCCUUGUAUGAUUAUUUCCCAAGAUCGUUAUACUACAUGUAUCUUCCAAGUCUUGAUGUCGUUCUCCAAGGAGCACUUAGUCCCAAUCAUGCUGAAAGAAAAGCCGCUGAAGAGAGUCUCAAUAAAUAUCAGUAUACUCCUAAGCAUUUGACGAGGCUGCUGCAUAUAAUUGGAGAUAGAAAUUAUGAUCUUAUAUUGCGACAGGUUGCAUGUAUUCAUUUUAAGAAUUUUAUAGCAGAAAAUUGGUCACCUCAUGGUCAAGAGGAACAAAUCAAGAUUUCGCCAAAUGAUAAACACUUAGUGAAGCGGAGCAUUCUUGUUUUUGUAGAACAAGUUCCUACAUUGUUGAGGGUACAAUUGGGAGAGUGUCUCAAGACAAUUAUACAUGCAGAUUAUCCUGAACAAUGGCCGAGUCUUUUGCAGUGGGUGACACUUAAUUUGCAGGGUCAGCAAGUUUUAGGAGCUUUAUUUGUGUUACAAAUUCUUUCUAGAAAAUAUGAGUUCAAGUCAUAUGAGGAGAGGACACCAAUUCAUCAUGUUGUUGAGGAGACAUUUCCUCAUUUGCUCAGUAUUCUUAACAGGCUUGUACAUAUAGAAAAUCCAUCAAUAAAAGUAGCUUAUUCGAUUAAGCUCAUAUGCAAAACAUACUGGUUUUCCAUGUUUAUGGAGAUUCCAAAUCAAUUGUUUGAUUCGAAUGUGUUCAAUGAUUGGAUAAUUCUUUUCUUGAAUAUAUUGGAGAGACCUGUUCCAUUAGAGGGUCAACCUGCUGAUCCAGACCUUCGUAAGUCAUGGGGAUGGUGGAAGGUAAAGAAGUGGACUGUUCAUAUAUUACACCUCGUAUAUACAAAGUAUGGAGAUUUGAAAUUGCAAUAUCCAGACAACAGAGCUUUUGCACAACACUUUGAGAAAAAAUAUGCUGCGAAAAUCUUGGAAUGUCAUCUGAACUUGUUAAAUAGGAUUCGUGUUGAUAAUGGUGGUUAUUUACCUGAAAGAGUCACCUAUCUUAUUUUACAAUACUUAAGCAAUAGUAUUUCCAAGGCUGCUACAUACAAUCUGCUCCAAGCAAGACUUGAUGUGGUUCUUUUUGAGAUAAUCUUUCCACUUAUGUGCUUCAAUGACAAUGAUCAAAAGCUUUGGGAGGAAGAUCCACAUGAGUAUGUGAGAAAGGGUUAUGAUAUUAUUGAAGAUUAUAGUCCCAGGACUGCAGCACUAUACUUUUUGAGCAAGUUAGUGAAAAAAAGUGGGAAAAAAAUCCUUCAAAAAGUUAUAUUAUUCAUUCUGGAAUUUUUUAAGAGAUACAAGGAUGCAACAAUUGAGAUUAAGCCUUAUAGACAAAAGGAUGGUGCCCUUCUUGUUAUUGGAGCACUGUGUGAUAAAUUGAUGCAAACUGAAGCUUAUAAGUCUGUGCUCGAGCAAAUGUUGGUGCAACAUGUUUUCCCAGAGUUUAGUAGUCCAGUGGGCCAUAUUAGAGCAAAGGCUGCAUGGGUUGCAGGAAAAUAUGCCCAUAUUUAUUUUUCUGACCCGAAUAAUUUCUGCAAAGCACUACAAAGUGUUAUUGCUGGGAUGAGUGACUCGGAGCUUCCAGUGCGUGUUGACUCGGUUAUUUCAUUGUGUUCUUUUGUUAAAGCAUGUGAAGAUCUUGAUGAAAUGAAGCCAGUUCUUCCACAGCUACUUGCUGAGAUUUUGAAGGUUAUGAAUGAAGUUGAAAACAUGGAUCUUGUGUCUACCCUUGAGACUAUUGUUCGCUUGUGUGAAGAGGAGAUGGAACCCUAUGCUGUUGGCUUAUGCCAGAACCUGGUUGCUGCAUUUUGGAAGUGUAUGAACACAGCUGAAGAAGAUGAUGAAGCAGAUGAUGAUAGGGGUACUUUAGCAGCCGGAUGUCUAAGUGCCAUUAGUACUGUUCUUGAAUCAGUGAGUACAUUUCCUCACUUGUUUGCUCAUAUCGAGCCAAUUCUACUUCCAAUAAUGCGACAAACAGUGCUUCCAACUAAUGGACAAGAAUUCGAUGAAGUUUUUGACAUUGUAUUACACAUGACCUUUUCCCCGCUGACAAUAUCCAUGGAUAUGUGGAGUCUUUGGCCAUUACUAAUGGAAGCUUCGACUGGCUGGGCUAUUGAAUAUUUACACGAUAUCCAUCCUAUUUUGGAAAACUAUAUAUGUGGGAAUACAGUGCACUAUCUAACAUGGAAGGAGCCGGAUUACCAACAGAGUUUAUGGUGUAUGCUUUCCAAAGUAAUGAGUGAAAAAAACUUGCAAGAUGAAAACACGGAACCUGCACCUAUGCUUAUGUCAUUAGUGUUACAGAACUGCAGGGGACACGUGGACCAUUGGGUUGAGUCAUAUAUUAGAAUCACAAUUGAACGGUUUCACCAAACUGAAAGCCACAACUUGAAGUGCCUUUUGAUGCAAGUUAUUGCUGAUGCUUUAUACUACAAUGCAUCUUUGACAUAUGAUAUAUUGCAAAAGCUUGGUGUGACUAGAGAAAUAUUUAACCAUUGGUUUCAGUUGUUGCAAAAAGCUGGAAACACUGGCACGUAUGCGACUUUUAGAAGCAAAAAUGAUAAGAGAGUUUGUUGUUUGGGGUUGACAUCUUUGCUUUCACUUGCUGAUCAGUUGCCAGAAGAGGUCUUAGGGCGUGUUUAUAAGGCAACACUUGACCUACUUGUUGCCUACAAGGAUCAAGUAGCAGAAGAUAAGGAAGAGACUGAGGAAGAUGAUGAUAUGAGUGAUGAUUUUCAAACGGAUGACGAGGUUGAUAGGUCUGAUAAGGAAAUGGGGGUUGACGACUAUGAUGAUGACAUCAGUGAUGAUGAAGACUUGAAGUCAUCAACUGAUGAAGUGGAUCCCUUUGUUCUCUUUGUGGAUACUAUGAAAGUUUUGCAACAAUCAGAUGCAAUGAGGUUCGAGAAAUUAUCACAAACGCUUGACUUACAUUAUCAGGCAUUGACAAAGGGGGUUGCUCAACAUGUUGAUGAGAAAAGAGCUGCCAUUGAGAAAGAAAAGUUGCAGAAGGCAUGAACAGCCAC